AUGCACAAGAUCUCCAACUUUACGGGUCAGGCCCGUCAUGGCUGGGAGCGAAUGACACCCACUUUCGGCAUGUCUCGACCGCACACCGAUAUGAGCUCCCACUCCCUUCGUCGACCGCACGGCGCACCUCCGAUGACUCCGCCCACCGGCAUUGACCCUACCGUCAACCUCUCCUUCAAUGUUCCAUUCUCCUCCACCUUGGCCGGUCCCGAUGCCGAUGAUGUCCUGCACGCGAGUCCUGGUGCUCUCCAGCGUUGGUCCUUCCCCGAGGGCACCCCGGACGGAACCCCCGUCCACCAGCUUCCCGUCCAUGCCAGCAAUGUUGAGGCCCUGCGGAGGUUAUGUCGCCAGAUCACCGAGAGCAGUAACGGUCGAGUAGAGGCUGUUGUCACGUCGUCCGAGCCCAAAACGGUCCCCUCACUACAACGACGACCCCAAGGAUUGGCGACGAAUGUCUGUAUCACCGGCGAUGGAGAGACUGUGCGCAAGAUGCGGGCAAGGGUCUUGAACGAGACUCCAAUUUUGCUGCGUUGUGCGACCGUGGAUGUUGACGUCCAUCUUAUUAUUGACGGAUCGACCAAGAAUAUCCGUUCCAGUGUUCUGGAGCAUCUCGAUACCCUGGCUGCAUACACUGGCACCGAUAUCUUCCUCCUCAACCCCAAGAUUCGCGACAAUGAUAGUGCUGUGAUCUCCUCUUAUGGCUACGCGUCGGAUAAUGGGCUGGACCAGCGGUUCCGGGUGUCCAUCUACGGGGACAUGGAGAGCGCGGAGCAUGCCAAGACUCGCGUGUUGAUCAUGAUUGAUCAAAUUCUCAAACGUCACGUGGAUGCCAUGAAGCUGGAGCUCACCAUGCACACUUUGGUCUGCGGUCGGACUCGCAAGAACAUCAAGCUGAUCGAGGCGGCGACCGGAACGGCCAUCUACUUCCCUCCGCCAUUCCCGCGCAUUUUUGGAUACACGCCCCCCGGUGCCCACCGUCGCAGUGAGGACGAGGUUUACAUCACGGGUGACACUCAAGAGCAGAUCGCUCGCGCCAAGCAGAAGUUGCGGGAACUGGUAAUGGGGGUCAAGAUCUAUGUGAAGGAUGUCAUCGUCAACUCGAACAAAAUCGACAACAUUUUGCUUGAUCGCCUUGACAAAGUCCGGAAGGUGAUGGAGAUGAACGGAUCUUACGUCCACUUUCCCCAGCUGGGAAUCCAGCGUGGUGUGGUUCGCAUCCAGGGCACAGAGGUUCUGCACGUCGAGCGCACAGUUCGCGAGAUCAUGGCUUUGGCCGGCCAGUUCUACAGCGCCUCGUGGUGGAUUAUCAUGCCCGACCCGUCCCAAGGUGGAUUACGCGCCCCACCCGCCGCCGACGUUCGUACAAUGCUGUCCGACAUCUGCAGCAAUUCGGGUGCCGAGGUCAGCUUUGACAACUUGACUUUCACCAUCAAUGGAUCAGAUGAUGCUGUCAAGGCAGCGAUGAUGGUGAUCAACCAAAUCCCAUUUGUCCAGCGGAGCCAGUACCAGAUGCGCGUCAAGAUCGAACUUGCGAAUGAGCACAAGGAGUUUGUCAGUGGCAAGAAGAAUGGCAAGAUCAACAAGAUCAUGGGACAGAGCAAUGUGCAAAUUAUUUUCGAUGGUUUCAACGAGUACAACUUCUACAUCGACGUGUGCGGCAACCAGUACGAAUCCACCAAGAACGGCCUAGAUCUUGUUGAGCAGGAGAUGCCCGCUUCGAUCUCCUUCCAUGUGCCCGAUCAAUAUCACAAGCGAAUCAUCGGAAUCGGUGGUCAGCAUAUCCAGCGCAUCAUGAAGAAAUACUCGGUUUUCGUCAAAUUCUCGAAUGCCAUGGACCGCGGCGGAAUGGGCAAAGAGGACGAUGAUAUCAAGGUUGAUAACGUCAUCUGCCGGACUCCUGCACGCAAUGCCCAGAGUCUCGACUUGGUGAAGCAGGAGAUCAUGGACAUGGUCGAGAAAGUCGAUGCCGAGUAUGUAUCGGAACGAGUGGUCAUCAACCGGCUGUAUCACCGUGAAUUGCUCGCCCGCAUCUCUGAAAUCGACGAGCUUGAGAAGAAGUGGAACUGCAAGAUUGAGUUCCCUAGCACCGAGCUUGCUAGUGACGUCGUGAACAUCUCUGGACCGGAAUACCAGGUUCCGCAGGCGGUUGACGCCUUACUGGGAAUGGUCCCUGAGAGUCACGAACUCCUCUUCCAAAGCUCCGCAGAAUUGCGAGAUUUCUUCAAGUCCCCCGACUUCCGUGAAGAUGUCUGCGCAAAGUUGAAGGAACAAUACGAAGUUGAUACCACCGUGGAUACAACUUCGGACCUUCCGACAUCUGACAGUGCCUCGGGGUCCUCUUCUCCCACUUUCGGGCCUGAAGACCGCGUGGUGCUCGGAUACACUCGCAAUAAUGCCGGUGGACUGAAGGAUGCGAUCGAUUUCUUGAUCUCGCGCCUUGUGGCUCACGGACUUGACGCGACGACAGUCAAGGGCGCCAUCCCGCGACCGAAGUCUGACUCGUUUGAAGAGUCCCUGCCCUUCUUCGACUCCAAAUUGUUGCAGCAUGCUCCUGCCCCCCUCGUCACCGACUCUCCUACCCGACCCAACUUCUCCGAUGAAACCAGCGAGCGCGGGUCCAUUUUCGAGCGACUGCGCAAGCCUGGUAGUAUCUCUUCCUUCUCCUCGUUCAUUGGACGCAAGAACCACUCGGCUUCUCCAGGGUCUUUCUUCAAGCAUGCGUCCAGCAAUGCGUCGAAGGCAUCCUUGGUUUCGAUGGAGUCCCGCGACAGUGGCUAUCGCAACCCAUGGAACGAUUCCGGCGUGAACCUUGCCGAGGACGACCUGCCGGUCCUCGGAAGCUCUCACAGCCACAGCAGCAGCAAUGGCUGGCCCGCGCGCUUUGACACGAAAUUUCCAUUCGGUACCGCGCCAGGGGACAUGACACCCAAGCAUGACCCGCGCGCCUCUUUUGACAGUGGUCGUCCUAGUACUUCCAAUUCUACUUCUGGAUACCCGGCCCCAAUCGGGCCACCGCGUUAA